AUGGAACAGAUUUUAAGCGGCUGUGAGGGUGUGUUGAUCUAUAUCGACGAUAUAGUGGUUUUUGCAUCAACAAAAGAACUACAUGAUUUACGACUUAGAAAAGUUUUUGAUCGCAUUCGUCAAUUCGGUAUAACGCUAAAUAAAACCAAAUGCAAAUUUGGCGUCACAACAGUCGAAUUUUAUGGCCAUAUCUUAUCAGAAUCGGGCAUCAAACCGAAGGAAGAUAAAGUCAAAGCGGUGAAAGAAUUCCGACCACCUAAGAACGCGGAAGAGGUUCGAAGUUUUAUUGGAUUGGUCAACUAUGUAGGAAAAUUUAUCCCGAAUUUGGCAACGAUUAGCGAGCCAUUGCGCCGGCUCACAAAGAAAGGAGUGCGAUUCGUUUGGGGCCGAGAACAACAACUAGCUUUCCAUGCAUUUAAAGACAGAUUGGCCGACACUGUGACACUCGGAUAUUAUAACAUAAAAUGUCGAACGCAACUCGUAGCUGAUGCUAGCCCAGUCGGAUUAGGUGCGGUUUUAACACAAAUCCAAAAGGGAGAAAACCGAAUCAUAGCAUACGCGAGCCGUAGCUUGACCGAGCCGGAGCUUAACUAUGCUCAAACGGAGAAGGAAGCACUUGCCUUGGUAUGGGCCGUCGAACGUUUUACAUAUUAUUUGUAUGGACGUGAAUUUGAACUAAUCACGGACCAUAAGGCACUCGAAACGUUGUUCGCACCGAAAUCAAAACCAUGCGCACGAAUUGAACGAUGGGUGAUGCGAUUGAUGUCGUAUAAAUUCAAAGUAAUAUACAAGCCCGGAAAAACAAACAUUGCUGAUCCACUAUCACGAUUACUGAGGCAGAUGAACAUACCAGCAAUAAGGGAUAGCGAUGAAACUGAGCAAUACAUUCGAUGGAUCGUGGCACACGCCGAACCGAAAGCAAUCAAACUAGAUGAAAUUUCUGAGGCAUCAAUGAAUGACAGUGAAAUUCAAGCAGUCAAAGAGGCGUUGUAUGAGGGAGAAUGGUCGAAUUCGGCAUCGGCAUUCAAACUUUUUCGUUUAGAGCUAUGUUUUGCUGGUAAUAUUUUGUUGCGUGGAACACGAAUUGUUAUGCCACAAAUUUUUCGCGGAAAAGCACUGGAACUAGCUCACGAAGGCCACCCCGGCAUGACUGUAAUGAAGCGCCGAUUGAGAGCAAAAGUGUGGUGGCCGAAAAUGGACAUUCAGACAGAGGAAUAUGUUAAGAAAUGCCGUGGGUGCCUGCUGGUUAGCGCACCAUCCGCACCUGAACCGCUUAGAAGAACUGAAUUGCCGUCGGCACCGUGGCAACAUCUAGCGAUCGAUUUUCUCGGACCAUUGCCAUCAGGUCACUACAUAUUUGUAGUUAUUGACUACUAUAGUCGAUUCAAAGAGGUGGAAAUUAUGACGAAAAUUGAUUCGAGUGAGACCAUAAAACGACUUGAACGCAUUUUUGCUCGGUUUGGAUUGCCACUGUCGAUACAUGCAGAUAAUGGUCGUCAACUCGUAAGCGAGGAAUUCAAACAAUAUUGCCGGGUGAAUAAUAUCACUUUGAUCAGCACCACACCUUACUGGCCACAGCAAAAUGGGGAGGUUGAGCGUCAAAACCGUUCGUUGUUGAAGCGAUUAUCCAUCUGCCAGAGCGAAAAAGGAAAUUGGCAAGAUGAUCUGCAAAAGUACUUACUAAUGUAUCGGUCAACCCCUCAUUCGACGACAUUGAAAACACCAGCAGAAUUAAUGUUCAAUCGGAAUAUUCGUGACAAGUUGCCAUCGAUCGAUCAACAUAUUGGAAGAGGAGACAAUGAAGUGAGAGAUCGAGAUGCGGAGAUGAAACAGAAAGGAAAAGAAUAUGCCGACCGCAAACGUCAUGCUCAAGCAAAUGAUCUCAAAGAAGGAGAUGAGGUGAUAGUAAAAAGACAAAUUGUGUCGAACAAGCUUGAUACUGCUUUUGAGCCGGUUAUUCACACAGUAGCCAAGCGCAUGGGUUCGGAAGUGAUCGUGGUACAUUCCGGCACAGGAAAACAAUACCGGCGAAAUGUAGCGCAUGUGAAAAAGAUUCCCGAGCAUUCCGAGAUCCCUUUACAGCCUCCAUCAUCGGCAAUCGAAUCAACGCCGCCAGCUGAAACAUCACCGUCAUCAUCGACACAGCAAUUGCGACCAGCGACCAGAACAUCGUCACGAAAACGCUCGACGCCCAGCUACUAUCAGGAUUUUGUGCAACCAAAGCAAUUCAAGAAGAUGUAA